AUGUCUCAGUCGUCGAGUGUCGUUUCUGCUGACGAAUUUGAACAGCAUCAGGAAGAUCUUAUGCCAUCUACUUGUGGACCUAGCAAGGUGACUACAUGCGGGUGUGUGACACGUUUCGAUACUGCCGAUUUCCAUUACACGUGGGUGAUUGAAGAUUUCAGCGCUUUAAUGGAGUUGCACGCAAUUGGAGAAUACAUAACAAGCAAGUCUUUCGGUGACAAUAACCACGAAUUUGUGCUGAAAUUGUUUCCGGCAGGCAAGGAUGACGAUUGUGGUGGAUAUAUCUCACUUUAUCUUCAGAUCAUUAAUUGCCCAAAUCAGAAAGUGCAGCUGCGAAUUCGAUUCAGUGUGGACACACCAGAAGGUAUUAGAGAAUGCUCUCUGAACAAAAGUGUGUUAUCCAUAAAUCGUGGUGGUAUUAUCACUGCUAGCAAAUUUUUCCAUUCCGAUAUAGUAAAGAGUCGUUUCCUUCGCAGAGGACCACGGGAAGCAUUGAACGUAAAUGCUGAUAUCACCGUUUUUCUGGAGUCGAAAACUACCUCGACUCAAGACUUAAUCAACCGAGAUUGGGACGAUGAAGAAAUGGUUUUAUCGAGUUCGUACGAUCUUCCAGUCGAAUGUGCUGCAACUUCGCAAAUUUCUGACGUGCUGCCGGCAAUGCUCUCCAGUGGUCGUUUUGCUGAUUUUGUUGUUGUCGUCGAAGGUCGCGAAUUCAACCUGCAUCGUAGUGUACUGGCUGCCACAUCACAAUAUUUCAAUGCUAUGCUCAAGGCUCAAACAUUGGAAGCAUCUGAGGGCCGAGUGGAACUGAAAGAUGUUUCCGCUGACGUGUUCGAAACUAUUGUUCGAUACACUUAUGACGUGAAACGACCUCAAGCUGAUGAGAUCACCAUGGAUUUAAUCAAAGCAGUGGACAUGCUCAUGAUGGAUAGCCUAAAAACACACUGCUGCGCUGCAUUGCUGCGCGAUGUGAAUAUUUCGAACUUUGCGUUUCGAUUGCAAGUCUCGGAUUUUCUCAAUGAUGACCGAUUGUUCAGACGACUUGUAUCAUUUUUGGCAAGCAACCGCAAAAGCGUAGUUACGCAUCCGGACUGGAUAGAAUUAAAAAAUGUUCAUCCGAAAUUGACUACUCGCGUGCUAGAAGCUGCAUGGACAUACGCAGAAACCUUGCUCCCUUACAUCAGACCGCCAAAACGGCGUCGUUUUGGCCAUUAA